CAGGUUGGCGGGCUGUUCCGUGUAGCGGGAAACCUAAACCCAUGUGGGAAGGAGAAUGGCCACGCCCCAAACUAAGCCACGCCUCCUGUGUCUGCGUCACUUUGUACCGGGCUGACUCCACGCGUAAUACACACAGUGUCAGUGUGUUCUGUGUUGUUAUUUGUUCUCCCCGCGGCUAUGAGGAAGCUGCUGCUGAACUCCGUAGUGGCGGUGUGCCCGCCCGGGCAAGGCAUCGGUAGGGCUGGCACUCUGCCGUGGCCCCCGCUCAGAAAUGAAUUUAAACACUUUCAGAAGUUGACUAUGACCCCUACAACUGCAGGCAAGCAAAAUGUAGUCAUUAUGGGCAGGAAAACCUGGUUCUCUAUCCCAGAGAAGAAUCGACCUUUAAAGGAAAGAAUAAAUAUAGUUCUAAGCAAAGAGCUCACGGAACCCCCAAAGGGAGCCCACUAUCUUGCCAAAAGUCUGGAUGCUGCUUUGGAACUGCUGGACAAGUCAGAGCUAAGAGACCAGAUAGAUCUUAUCUGGAUAAUUGGAGGCAGCUCACUCUAUAAGGAGGUUAUGGACAAACCAGUCAGCCAAAGACUCUUUGUGACAAGAAUUCAGCAAGAAUUUGACUGUGACACGUUUUUACCAGAGAUUGAUAUCCAGUCAUACAAGCUUCUACCAGAAUACCCUGGCAUAUCAUCUGAAAUGCAAGAAGAAAAUGGCAUCAAAUACAAGUUUGAAAUCUAUGAAAAAAUGAUUUAGCUGUGGAACUAUGCAGUCAGAAAUGAAUGCUGUUCGCAACAACUAGACAUUACCUGGACAUGUUUGUUUUUGUUUUUUUUGUCACAUGCAUUGUCAUAAAGAGACUGUACACAUGAUCAUUGAAAAACAUUGGUAGUGAUGAUCAUUGGCAAAACCUUGUCCUUGCAUUUAGAAGCUCACUAACACAUCUUAGAGUGUCCCUACACUUAAAUUGUUCCCAUUGUAUCUUAACAAAAGUUACAGCUUCUGAAUACUGCGGACUACAGCACAAUUUGUGCUUCUAAAAGUUUGUACAGUACUCUAGUUUUAAUUAUCUGUAGUAUUACUGCUUACAUUUAUUAAGCUUUAAGAACAAUCUGCUAAACACUUACAGUAAACACCUGGACAUAAGAGCCUUACAGGGAAAUUUAAUUGGCACUGAUAAAUUAAUGGGGGGGGGGGGAUUGACUCUGGGCUGAUAAACAAAUCACUGUUAAGUGCAGGAUGACAUAGUGGAAAAUUGAACAGUCCUGGGGGGUCAAUUAGGCCUCAGUAAAUUACCGUGAAUAAUUGAAUUCCCCCUAUAUUGGUGAGAAAUUUGGAAAUAUUUACUUCAUAUUGUCCCUCAAUAAAUCUCUGUUCAUAUUUGUUUA